AUAUGAAGAGGAAUUGGGCCUGGCCUGGUAGUGACAGCAAUCUAACUUCCUAGGAUGGAUGGCAGACAGUGUUGUGCACACUGGUCCCGGUCUCUGCUGGUGAUGACACUUGUGGCUGUGGGAGUGGAGUCCAUUGGAGCCGUGGACAACAGUCCAGCAUCCAACAGCCUGGAAGGGGGCACGGACGCCACAGCUUCCUGGUGGGGAGAGUGGACCAAGUGGACAGCAUGCUCCCGCAGCUGUGGGGGCGGGGUGACCUCCCAGGAGCGGCACUGCCUGCAGCAGAGGAGGAAGUCUGUCGUGGACACCGCCAACAGGACCUGUACAGGUACAUCCAAGCACUUCCGGCUGUGCGGAGAGCAGGAGUGUCCGCCGGACGGGAGGAGCUUCCGUGAGGAACAGUGUAUCUCCUUCAACUCGCAUGUGUACAAUGGGCGGACUUACCAGUGGAAGCCACUGUACCCCGACGACUACGUCCACAUCUCCAGCAAGCCCUGUGACCUGCACUGCACCACGGUGGACGGCCAGCGGCAGCUCAUGGUGCCCGCGCGCGACGGCACGUCCUGCAAGCUCGCUGACCUGCGCGGGGUUUGCGUGUCUGGAAAAUGUGAGCCCAUCGGCUGUGACGGCGUGCUGUUCUCCACGCACACGCUGGACAAGUGCGGCGUCUGCCAGGGCGACGGGAGCAGCUGCACGCACGUGACGGGCAACUACCGCAAGGGCCACGUGCACCUAGGCUACUCUCUGGUGACCCACAUCCCAGCUGGAGCCAGACACAUCCAGGUGGUGGAGAGGAAGAGAUCUGCGGAUGUCCUGGCUCUUGCAGAUGAAGCUGGCUAUUACUUCUUCAAUGGCAACUACAAGGUGGACAGCCCCAAGAACUUCAACAUUGCUGGCACCGUGGUCAAGUAUCGGAGGCCCAUGGACAUCUAUGAGACUGGCAUUGAGUACAUUGUGGCCCAGGGGCCCACCAACCAGGGCCUUAACGUCAUGGUGUGGAACCAAAAUGGUCGGAGCCCAUCCAUCACCUUUGAGUACACGCUGCUGCAGCCCCCGACGGACCACCACCUGCGGCCUCUCUACUACAGCUUCUCCCCGCCUGCUUCAGGGAGCGCCGAGAGCCAGGAGCUGGGCGGCACGUCCCUGCUGGGCUUCGUGCGUCACAACGGCUCACUGUACAGCCAGGCCUCCAUGGAGCAGCUGGGCCUGGACCACCGCUUGUUCGGGUCUCCUGGGCCGGGGCUUGAGCUGGGCCUGGCCAAGGUUCCAGAGACCAACGAGGUGUGUGAAGAGGCCAGCGGCAGGGCCUGCGAGGGGCCCCCUCGGGGCAAGGGCCUACGAGACCGCAACACCACUGCAACAAUUCUCUCGGGGGACAAGGAUGACCAAGAGGGUGACGUCCCCUUCGGCUCCCCGGACUUUCUCUCGGCCAACGCCAUCUCGGAUCAGCUCCUGGGUGUGGGCUCGGACUCGAGGGAGCUCCCCCUCAAUGAGACCGUCAACAGCAUCUUUGGCCCAGGCGCUCCGAGGGGCAGUGGCCCCACUGACAGCCUCUAUGUGGAUUACGAGGAGAAUGAGGGGGCAGGUGUGCACCUGCUCAAUGGGUCCUACUUGGAGCUGCACAGCGACCAGGUCAACAACACCUCUUCUGAGGCCCCGUUCCCCAACGCCAGCGCCAGCCUCCCCAGCGUGGCCGGGAACAGGACCCACAAAGCCAGGACCAGGCCCAAGGCACGCAAGCAAGGCGUGAGUCCAGCAGACAUGUACCGGUGGAAGCUGUCAUCCCAUGAGCCUUGCAGUGCCACCUGUACCACAGGGGUCAUGUCGACGUAUGCCAUGUGCGUCCGCUAUGAUGGCAUUGAGGUGGACGACAGCUACUGUGAUGCCCUCACGCGUCCAGAGCCGGUCCAUGAAUUCUGUGCCGGGCGGGAGUGCCAGCCCAGGUGGGAGACCAGCAGCUGGAGCGAGUGCUCACGCACGUGUGGCGAGGGGUUCCAGUUCCGCAUCGUGCGCUGCUGGAAGAUGCUGUCCCCCGGCUUCGACAGCUCCGUGUACAGUGACUUGUGUGAGGCAGCGGAGGCCGUGAGGCCCGAGGAGCGCAAGACCUGCCGGAACCCGGCCUGCGGGCCCCAGUGGGAGAUGUCCGAGUGGUCAGAGUGUCCAGCCAAGUGUGGGGAGCGGAGCGUGGUGACCAGGGAUAUCCGCUGCUCAGAGGACGAGAAGCUGUGUGACCCCAGCACCCGGCCUGUCCAGGAGAAGAACUGCACAGGCCCGCCCUGUGACCGCCAGUGGACAGUCUCCGACUGGGGGCCGUGCAGUGGGAGCUGUGGACAGGGCCGCAUGAUCCGACACGUGUACUGCAAGACCAGCGAUGGGCGGGUGGUGCCCGAGUCCCAGUGUCAGAUGGAGACCAAGCCACUGGCCAUCCACCCUUGUGGGGACAGGAACUGCCCUGCGCACUGGCUGGCCCAGGACUGGGAGCGGUGCAACACCACCUGCGGGCGGGGCGUGAAGAAGCGGUUGGUGCUGUGCAUGGAGCUAGCCAACGGGAAGCCGCAGACGCGCAGUGGGCCUGAGUGUGGGCUGGCCAAGAAGCCCCCCGAGGAGAGCACGUGCUUUGAGAGACCCUGCUUCAAGUGGUACACCAGCCCCUGGUCGGAGUGCACCAAGACCUGUGGGGUGGGUGUGAGAAUGCGAGAUGUCAAGUGCUACCAGGGAACAGACAUCGUGAGGGGCUGUGACCCGCUGGUGAAGCCCGUAGGCAAGCAGACCUGUGACCUGCAGCAGUGCCCCACGGAGCCACCAGAUGACAGCUGCCAGGACCAGCCAGGCACCAACUGCGUGCUGGCCAUCAAGGUCAACCUGUGCGGCCACUGGUACUACAGCAAGGCCUGCUGCCGCUCCUGCAGGCCCGCCCACUCCUAGGC